GCCAGAGGAAGCCACCAAACCAGCCAAGUUGCGGCCUCAGCCCAACUGGUACCGUGCCGUGCCGUCUCCUCUCCUCUCUCCUCUCUCAUCCCCAGGUCUCAGCCCACCUAGCAAUGUUCUCCUCCUCCCCUUCCACAUGACCAGCGCCGCGCCGCGCAGCGCAGCCAUCCUUGUUCUGUCCCGGGUACGCCGCCACACACAUCGCUUCAAGCGCUUCCCUCCGUCCCUCCUCUUUGUGGAUUGGAAUCGACGCCUGAAAGUGGAUGACGAUGGCGGGUUCUUGCGCCGCGCCGCCCGUUGCCUGUCUUCCCUCGUUGAGGACGCUGCCGCCAACUCACGUCAGACUUAGCGGCUUCUUGCCCUGUUCCGCGGCCGCGCGGUGUCGCGGCGCCGCCGUGCUGGGAUGCGCUCUGGGGGCCAAGAGGCAGACGCCGGGUGUUCUGAACCGGGGCUGUUUUUAUUGUGCUCCUAUAGUUGCUCUGUGGAUACAUGCGAAGAGAUGGGCAUGAAGGAGAUGUAAGCUGUCAAGGAAGGGAUGGCACUGUUAUGUUUGGACCAGACGAUGAUGGUGUAAAGAUUCCUACUCAGGUAGAGACUCUUGUAAAGGGCACUGCAAUGGUUGCUGAACCAGAAUACAAGGCUAGCCCAGAUCUAGAUUACCUACAGGAGCUGCUGGCUAUUCAGCAGCAAGGACCUCGUGCAAUAGGUUUCUUUGGAACCCGCAACAUGGGAUUUAUGCAUCAACAGCUUAUUGAGAUCCUCAGCUAUGCUAUGGUCAUAACAAAAAAUCAUAUAUUUACAUCUGGUGCUUCUGGAACAAAUGCAGCUGUUAUCAGGGGUGCUCUAAGAGCUGAAAAACCAGAGCUGCUUACUGUAAUUUUACCUCAAAGCCUAAAGAAGCAGCCUCCUGAAAGCCAAGAACUGUUGUCUAAAGUACAAAACUUGAUCGAGAAACCACAGCAUGAUCAUUUGCCACUAAUUGAGGCUAGCAGGUUAUGCAAUAUGGACAUCAUCUCCAAGGUCCAACAGGUGAUCUGCUUCGCGUUCCAUGACAGCAAGCUGCUGAUGGAAACAUGCCAGGAGGCCAAGAACCUUCGGAAGAUCGUGACACUCUUCUACUUGGAUUAGCUCCUUCGACAGGGAUCUAUUCUCCUUUUUUUUUGUUCGUGGCGUAGGCUAAUGUUGGGGGGAUAAAAAGCAAGCUGGACGGUUUAGUUAGUUUCGAAAUAUACUGGAUAGGUGGUGGGAUGACCUUCCAUUGGAGGAGAAAGUCAUUUUGUUUCGCCCAUUGUUUUGAUUUUUGUCACAAAGAAACCAAUAAUCUUGUCGAUAUGCCUAGUCGAAGGGAUUAUAAUCUGGCUUUAUUUGUUGUUGAUCUCAGGCUUAUAAUUAGUUCGUGCUCCAGUUUUUCCA